AGUAUCAUUGAGGAGAGCCACACCCCCCCUCCCCUCCCCUCUCUCUGUCUGAACAUAUAUAUAUAUUCAUACCUAUGGCAUCUUAUAGUCACUCUAAACAACCACCAGCCAACCUAGAAACCAGGUACUCAUUGGAGAUGGACACUACUGCUCCAAUGGCAGCCCAUAAACGAGAAGAAAAUCCAGGAGCGACAAGGCUGGGAAGUGGGGUGAAAGAUCAUGGAGAGGGAGCUUUCUUGACAUGGGAGGAUCUGUGGGUGACAGUUUCAAAUGGAAAGGGCGGCGGCAGACCAAUCCUUCAGGGGAUUACAGGCUAUGCCCGGCCCGGCGAGCUCUUGGCCAUAAUGGGUCCUUCUGGCUGUGGCAAGUCUACUCUGCUUGAUGCAUUGGCAGGGAGGUUGGGAGCCAGCACAAGACAGGCUGGUGAUAUCCUAGUUAACGGUCACAAACAAGCACUGGCUUAUGGAACUUCGGCUUAUGUGACUCAAGAUGAUACCUUGAUUACAACACUAACUGUUGGAGAAGCCGUGUACUAUUCUGCUCAACUCCAAUUGCCAAAGUCUAUGUCGAGAUCUGAGAAAAAAGAGAGAGCAGACAUGACAAUAAGAGAGAUGGGCUUGCAAGAUUCGAUGGACACGAGAAUUGGUGGAUGGGGAGCUAAGGGCCUUAGUGGGGGCCAAAAGAGGAGGGUAAGCAUUUGCAUCGAGAUUCUAACACGCCCUAAACUUCUCUUCCUCGAUGAACCAACAAGCGGGCUGGAUAGUGCAGCAUCAUAUUAUGUAAUGAGCAGGAUUGCACACCUUGAUCAACGGGAGGGAAGGACGAUCAUCGCAUCCAUUCAUCAGCCUAGUGGUGAAGUUUUUAGGCUGUUCCACAAUCUCUGCCUCCUGUCUUCUGGCAGAACAGUGUAUUUUGGCCCCACAAAUGCAGCAGAUGAGUUCUUUGCAUCAAAUGGUUUCCCUUGCCCAAUUCAGCAGAAUCCUUCGGACCACUUUCUUAAAACAAUAAACAAGGAUUUUGAUCAGGAGGACAUAGAACAAGGUUCCGUUGGAAGGAAAACAACAGAGGAAGUGAUCGAUAUUCUGGUAAAAUCAUAUAAAUCAUCCGACAGCUACCAAGAUGUUAGAAGACAAGUUUCUGGUAUAUGUACAAAGGAAGGUGGAGCACUUGGAAAGAGCAACAGCCAUGCUAGUUUUCUUACUCAAUGCCUUGUUCUAACCCAAAGAUCUUUCCUCAACAUGUACCGAGAUCUUGGUUACUACUGGCUCCGCCUAGCAAUAUAUGUGGCAAUAGGCAUAGCUCUGGGCACUAUCUUCCAUAAACUUGGCUCAAGUUACGGUUCCAUUCAGGCCAGGGCAUCAUGGAUCAUGUAUGUAGCUUCAUUCCUGACUUUCAUGGCUAUUGGUGGCUUCCCCUCAUUUGUGGAGGAUAUGAAGGUAUUUUUACGGGAAAGGUUGAACGGGCACUAUGGUUCCAGUGCCUUUGUCAUCGGCAACACAGUUUCUGCAACACCAUAUUUGUUACUAAUUUCACUAAUUCCUGGAGCUAUUGCUUAUUUCCUGGCUGGUCUUCAAACAGGAUACGAACAAUUUUUGUACUUUGCUUCAGUUCUUUUCACUUGUACUAUGCUGGUGGAGAGCCUAAUGAUGAUUGUGGCGAGUGUCGUGCCCAAUUUCCUUAUGGGCAUAAUAGCUGGGGCAGGGAUACAAGGCAUGAUGAUAUUAGGUGGUGGAUUCUUCAGGCUGCCAAAUGACAUGCCCAAUCCAUUCUGGAGAUACCCUUUGUACUACAUAUCGUUCCACAAAUAUGCAUAUCAGGGACUGUAUAAGAAUGAGUUCGAAGGAUUAACAUUUCCUAGUAAUCAACCAGGAGGGCCUCCCAUCAGUGGUGAAGAAGUGCUUAGAGAUGAAUGGCAAGUAGAAAUGGGAUACUCUAAGUGGGUAGACCUUGCCAUCUUGCUAGGAAUGGUGGUUUUCUACCGAUUCCUAUUCUUUGGCAUCAUCAAGGCCGUCGAAACUUUGAAAUCCAGAACAUUCGUGUCUGCACCACCUAAGCAGGGAAAUCAAAUCAUGGCUAACCCAAAUGCUACUCCAACUCAUAUGAGCUGAUUAUCUGAUAUAUUCAGUAUUAGCGCUUUAGUCAUAGAGGCUGUACUAUCAUCAAGUAGUGGAGGAUCACUGAAAUAUCUACCAGUCUGAUGCUAUGGUCAGAAUAAUAGGUGUUUUAGUGUGCAAUGAAUAGACAAACAAUCAAAUCAUUUUGUAUAAAGAACUGUAUUUGUAAAGCAUUACCCUCCCUGAUUGCCAGUGCUUCUGCUAUUCUAUUCCUAUAAACAUGUACAAUUAUGCAUUAUACUAAGUCCAAUUUCUUUAA